AUGAUAAUGGACCCUCGUCCUCGUGAUAAUAUCAACUUUGGUGCUCGAUUGCCCACCCCAAAUCCACCCACACCUCACAUGAUUAGCUUCUCCCUCCAACAGCCACAGCUUCAGUUCUUCCCUUCAUAUGGAUUCCACAGCCACAACCACAACAACCCUCCUGUCAGCUCACAUCCAUCUCCACCCUCGGUCAUGCCUGGCUGCACCACGCCAAGCCCGGCAUCAACAACCACAACCGAGCCAAACAACGCCGAGGAUUUCUCUGAGGCUGUUGCUGAUGAUGCAAUCCUUGCUUACAUCAACCAGUUCCUUCUUGAAGAUGAGGAUGAGGAGUCAUAUCCUGUUACCAGUGCGCCAGUGGAGGAUUCAGCACUCCUCGCCGCUGUCGAGAAACCAUUCGUCGACAUCCUCAAGUCUGCUAAGCCUAUCACAGCACAGGCCUAUGAAGUAAAAUCUUGGAUCACUGAUGAUUGCGAUUCCACGGGAAGCGGAAGAUUUCAUGAUGUGGUCACAAGUAGUCUGGACUCUACCCAAUUGCCUCGUGAAACGGUUCAGGGGGAUGUAGUUGGUGCUGUUCAUAAGGGUCAGAAGAACCCACGUGACGAUGACUUGGAGGUGGAGGGGAGGAAGAGCAAACAGUCCGCAUUGUGUGAUGAGGAGACUGUCCGAGAGAUGUUUGACAAAGUGCUGUUGUGUACCGAUAAGAAUUGUGCGUUCCACACACCAAUGCCAGCCGAUGCACAAAUCAGCGGGGGAUAUGUGAAAGGAUCUGGAAAUAGAAGAGGGCGAAGGAAGGGAAGAUCCGGUGCUGGUGCAGAGCAGGAGCCAGUCGAUCUCACAACCCUACUUAUCCAUUGUGCUCAGGCUGCAGCUAUUGAUGACCACAGAAACUCAAGUGAGCUGCUGAAACAGAUUAGGAAGCAUUCUUCUGCUACUGGAGAUGCUGGCCAGAGAUUGGCGCACUACUUUGCUGACGGGCUCAAGGCUCGCCUAGCUGGCACUGGUAGCAGCAUCUACCGUUCACUUGCUGCAAAGAGAACUUCUACUGGUGAUAUGCUGAAAGCGUUCAAUUUAUAUGUUAAAGCAUGUCCAUUUAGGAUAAUAUCGCACUAUGUUGCAAAUAUGACCAUCUUAAAUGCUACAAAGAGUGUGACAAGGUUGCACAUUAUAGAAUUCGGGAUAAUGUAUGGUUUCCAGUGGCCAAUCCUCAUGCAGCACCUCUCAAAGAGAUCUGGUGGCCCCCCAAUCCUUCGAAUCACUGGUAUAGACUUUCCCCUGUCAGGAUUCCGCCCUGCAGAGCGUGUUGAGGCGACAGGGCGACGGUUACAUGAGUAUGCCCGUAUGUUCAAUGUUCCAUUUGAAUAUCAAGCCAUUGCUGCCAAGUGGGAUACUAUCCAAGUUAAAGAUCUCAAUAUAAAGAGCGAUGAGUUCAUUGUCGUUAACUGCCUUUACCGAAUGAGGAACAUGAUGGACGAGACGGCAACAGAUGACAGCCCGAGAACAAGGGUUUUGAACACAAUCAGAAAGUUGAAUCCCAAUUUGUUCGUUCAUGGGAUUGUCAACGGUACUUACAAUGCACCCUUCUUUGUGACACGGUUUAAGGAGGCUAUGUUUUUCUUCUCUUCAAUCUUUGAUAUGCUUGAAGCAAAUGCCUCACGGAUGGAUGAACAUAGGCUGCUGAUAGAAAGAGAAUUCUUUGGACGGGAAGCUGUUAAUGUGAUUGCUUGUGAGGGUACAGAGAGGAUUGAAAGGCCAGAGACCUACAAACAAUGGCAGAUGAGAAAUCUCAGGGCAGGCUUCCGGCAGCUACCUCUGGACAGAGAGAUAAUGAAGAGAGCAAGGUACAAGCUUAGCAAGACCUAUCCGAGGGAUUUCCUCGUGGACGAAGAUAACAAGUGGAUGCUACAAGGUUGGAAGGGUCGUGUCAUAUAUGCUCUUUCAGCAUGGAGUAGCUAG